AUGGCGUACGCCUUCUCCAAGCUCGUCGGCGACUGGGAGCGCGUCCUCCUCGCGCUGCACGACGUGCAGACCAUCACAGCGGCGAACAAGCGUGCCGGGCGGCAAGCAUCGCCGGACACUCAGGCGCGCCACCUGGCCAUCGUGGCGUGGGUGUCGGGCGUGGCGGAGCAGGCGUUCUGGUCGAUCGAACACCUCGCGCAACACCUCGACGCCCUCUCGCGCGCCGAGCUGACCGGCGCCAUACCCUUGUCGUUCGCGCCGAGCCCCGAGAUCGGGGACUACGUCCUCCGCUGCUCGCACAGGGAGCCCGCACCACCCGUGAUGAACAGCUACGCCUUUGCCGUGUGUGCCGACGUCGUGCGGCGCGCGCGGAGCCGCAGGCCAGACGCGGCGAGCGACGCAGGCCUCGGCCUGCUCGACGAGGAGAUUCUCCACCCCUCACUCGCGCGCGCGGCAGCCGCGGCGUUCGGUGUGCUCAAGGAGAUGGUCGACGAGCGGCAGCUUGGCGAGCUGCGGCGCGCGCGCGAGGCAGUGCCGAAAGUCCGGAGGACAAACUUUGCCAAGCGAUGGAGCGAGAAGCGCCCGCCUCCGACUCCGCCCGCCCUCCCGGCACACGAGCACGCCCUUCUCAUGGCGCUGCGGGAGGACGCGGCGCUCGUGGCGCUCGGCGCGUCCCCGCCCAUGGUCGAGCGGACGGCGGAACAUGCGCCGAUUUACGGCGCGCUCAUGCGUAAGGCUGAGGAGCGGGACGACGCGCCGCCAGCCCCGCCGCUCAAGAGCCCUUCGUUUGCUUUCGGCCGCUACUAG